AUGUUCGGGAACACGGCAGCUGCAAACACGUCCCCGUCCUCCUCUUCAUCGGGGGGGACGGGGGGCGGUCUCUUUGGCUCGACUGCCGCGCCUUUUGCUUCGUCUUCUUCGUCCCUGUUCGGCUCCGCGGGAGUUUCUAAGCCGGGCGGCCUCUUCGGCGCUGCGGCACCGGCAGGAACGGGCGCAGCUUCCACCGGUCUCUUUGGAGGCGCGACUGGGAGCUCUUCGUCGCUCUUUGGGGCUUCGAGUUCCUCUUCGUCGGGCCAAUCAGCGGCGCCUCUGGGCGCAGGGACAGGGCUCUUCGGCUUGGCAACCUCUUCUGCGAAACCGUCCCUUUUCGGUAGCGCCGCGCCUGCAGCCUCGACGGCCGGUGCACAGAUUUCCUCCACUGGAACAGCGUCAAGUUCCGGGAGCAACCUCUUUGGUGGUUUGGCAAAGCCGGCUGGGGCCUCGACAACAACUGGAGCGGCGAGUGGCGGCCUCUUUGGGGCUUCGACUGGCGCCCAAACAGCCAGUGGAACGGCGGGUGGCGGCCUCUUUGGGGCUUCGACUGGAGCCCAAACAGCCAGUGGAACGGCGGGUGGCGGCCUCUUUGGGGCUUCGACUGGAGCCCAAACAGCCAGUGGAACGGCGGGUGGCGGCCUCUUUGGGGCUUCGACUGGAGCCCAGACUGCCAGUGGAACGGCGGGUGGCGGCCUCUUUGGGGCUUCGACUGGAGCCCAAACAACCAGUGGAGCGGCGGGUGGCGGCCUCUUUGGGGCUUCGACUGGAGCCCAAACAGCCAGUGGAGCGGCGGGUGGCGGCCUCUUUGGGGCUUCGACUGGAGCCCAAACAGCCAGUGGAGCGGCGGGUGGCGGCCUCUUUGGGGCUUCGACUGGAGCCCAAACAGCCAGUGGAACGGCGGGUGGCGGCCUCUUUGGGGCUUCGACUGGAGCCCAAACAGCCAGUGGAGCGGCGGGUGGCGGCCUCUUUGGGGCCUCCACUGGCUCCCAAACAGCGGCUGGAGCCCUAGGGGCUGCGGCUGCCGCGACCGCGCCCGCAGCGAGCGGGGGUCUCUUCGGGGCGACCGCGAGCGCCUCGCAGCCCUCGACCCUGGGGGUGGGGCUCUUUUCGUCUAACAAAAACGCGGGCGAAACACAGACGAGCGGCACGUCGCUCUUUGGAGGCGGCGCGAGUAGUGGGACUCAGACCACGAGUCUCUUUGGAGCCUCACAGGGGACAGGGGCAGCGGCGACGGCUGCGGCGGCUCCGGCAACCGGGGCGCUGGGCCUCUUUGGAUCGGCGAAGCCUGGGGCCUCUGCACCCAGUGUCGGGGCUGGCGCGCAGUCCGCAGACAAGCAUGCGGCCGCAAAAGGCGCAGAACCACCGGCCUGUGCAGCCCCAGCCGAAGGGGCGAAGGCGGGGACUGGAGGGGCGAGUGGCCUCCUGGGGUCUACAUCGCUGUUUGGCGGCGCAAAGGCUGCCAGUGGAGACGCCACCUCUGGAACAACGACGUCGCUUUUCGGCGCCUCUGCGACGCCAGCAGCGCCUGCAUCCACGAAGCCUGGAGACUCCGCGUCUGCCUCGCAGCCGUCGAUCUUUGGAGCGGGGCUGGGCUCGGCUUCGACCGCGACCUCGGGGAGCGCCGGAAGCGCAGCCGCUGGUGGCCUCUUUGGGGCCGCUGCGCCGGCAGCGGGUGCGAAGGCCCCGGAGAAGCCGGGGGAGGCGGGGCCCGCUGCAGCGUCAACGAGUGCUGCCGGUGCCAUCUCGCAGACUCUGCCAGCGCCUCAGCAAGUCGCUCUGGAGACGCUCCAGCACGAGCGUGUGGAAGAAGUUUUGGCCAAGUGGGAGAAGCGGCUCCAGCGCCGUGUCCGGCGGUUCAAUGAAGUCGCGGAGGAAGUGGGGAGUGUGGAGAAAGCGAUGAUUGAAGAGAGCAAGAAGCUACACGCUCUGCGGGAAGAACAGAUCAAGAUUGAGAAGCGCCAAACGUACAUCUGCGACUUCAUUGAUGGGCUCGAGCGCCAGCAAAGGGACUUGCUGACGCUUUUGGCCGCCGUGGAAGCUUCGGUUCUCAGGCAGAUUCCCCAAGCGAAUGGCGACCUCACACUUUCCGGGGACGCGCCUCUUCCGCAGCGUGUGCAAAGAUCGUGGGAAGCAGAGACCGGCUGUCAGUCGUCUGAAGAGGAGCUCUUGUCGAGGCGGUUGAGAAACAUCGACGAGCAACUCAGCGACGUGGGGCUCGCCUUAUCCGAGGCAACCGAGAGACUCCAGCCGGGCCCUCUCGGCACCGUCGCGCAGGUUCUUGGCAUCCACCAAGCUGCUCUGCAGGCCUCCUGGCGACAAGCAAAUGAGCUCCAGCAGCGAAUGGAUGCUCUUCAGCGGCGCACCUCGGACGCGAAAAACGGCACCGAGUGA